AACAACAGGCAGAGUCGGUCGAGAAAGUUCGCUGGUUUGUGUUUUGUAUUUAUCUCCUGGCACAACCUAUUCUAUCCUUUCUUCUCCUCAUCUUCAAAUAAACCCCAAAAUUCUGCAAACCCUAACUUCUCUCCUCUGCCCUAAUCUUCAAAUUACUUCUGCAAUCUUUCUCAUCUCUGCUAAAAUUUCACCAUGGUUCCAAAGAAAUCCGGCAUCAAUGAAGUCGACGGCGCCAGUCCUGGCAAAAUCUUCAUCGGAGGCUUAGCUAAAGAGACAUCUCUUGAUACGUUUACGAAGUACUUUGAGAAGUACGGAGAAGUGAUUGAUAGUGUUAUUAUGAAAGAUCGACUCACUGGAAGACCAAGAGGUUUUGGGUUCAUCACUUAUGCAGAUCCUUCUGUUGUUGACAUUGUUAUUAAAGAAGAACAUAUCAUUAAUGAAAAGCAGUGCUGCUUUUGGUUACUGCAUCAGGUGGAAAUCAAAAGGACAAUUCCUAAAGGUGCUGCUCAGUCAAAUGGUUUCAAGACCAAGAAGAUCUUUGUCGGGGGAAUUCCAACAACCGUCACUGAAGAUGAGCUCAAGGAAUUCUUCUCAAAUUAUGGUAAGGUUGUUGAACAUGAGAUCAUAGUUGAUCAUGCUACUAAGCGUUCCCGAGGAUUUGGAUUUGUUGUGUUUGACAAUGAAAAAGUUGUGGACGAUAUUCUGGCUGAUGGAAACAUGAUUGAAAUGAAUGGUUCAAGGGUUGAGAUCAAGAAGGCUGAACCAAAGAAAGCCUCAGCCUCAGGUUCUGCUUUUGGUAGUGACUCUAGGGGACGCGGAUAUGGAGAUGAUUUCAGAGGUUACCCUGAUACAUAUAGUGGUUUUGGAAGUGGUUAUAGUCCUGCAUCUUAUAGGGCAUAUGGAGCCUUCCCUUCUAGGUUUGGUGAUUAUGGGGGCUAUGGAGGUAGUGAUUAUGGAGGAGGUUAUGGUGGAUUUGGUGGAGCUGCUAGUGUUGCUGGUUAUCGGGGUGAAUCAUCGUAUGGCUACUCUGGCCGUUAUGGCUCAUAUGGUGGGGGUUUAGGUGGAGGAUAUGGUAGUGGCCUAGGGAUGUAUGGCAGAGGAGAUGGUUAUGGUGGUGGUUCAGGUUCAGGUGCUGGAUAUGGUUCAGGUCCUGGUGCAUAUGGUGGAGCAGGAGCGAUGUACGGAAGUAGGGGAGGCUAUAGCAGCAAUAGUCGUUACCACCCUUAUGCACGAUAGACAUCAGUAAGAGCCUUACCAUAGAGUGUUUGCUCAUUUCGCAGCAUUUUAAGGACUUGGAGCAGGAGGAAUUACAGCUAUUUCUAGAUCAAGAUUUGUGAGAAUGCAUUAGUAUCAUCUGCAUCUGGUUCUACAUGAUAGCGUGGACAUUGAUUUAGCAAUUGUCUUCUGUUGACUGAUAGUAUUUAGUACUGUCUUGUCUUGUAUUCUUUAGUUGCGUAGUUAGUUAAGAUUGUGAUUGACUAUUGACUUAGAGCAUUGGCAUCUGGUUCUAAUAUUAUAGUCGUAGUACAAAUUUUUUUGUGA